CAUUACCUACGUAGGCAGCGUAUCUAUUGUUUAUAGGCGAUACCACUGGGAGUAAAUCAUGAGUGCUCCUAAUUUCUAAUUACGUUGCAAUUGACACAUGUCCGUGGUCUAGUCGGUAUAAUCACCAGAUCAACAAUAUAAUAUGUUUAACUUUGUGUAAAACUGCGUUAGUGUAUCGUUGAUAGCAGGAGUCACUGCCUUCCAGCAGGUAGGAUGCUGAUGCUGGUGCUGUUUCUGAAAUGACAAGACAGCAGCUAACAACACAAACGGGACUGAGAGGGAGAGGUUGUGCUGGCUCUCUGUCGUAGUAACGGGUAGCAGAGUGCGGAGACUCAGCAGCAGCAAUCGCAGCAGCAUCCGUACGAGGCGCUGUGAGCGUCGGUAUGACUGUGUCCGUGCAUGUGUAUGUAUGUGGAGUUGUGCUCUAGAAUUGAAUAAGCUCGUCAUAGCGCUACCGAAAUUUUAUUGAUAGAGAAGCAAAUCGAGUUGAAAGUAAUUUUUGAAAGGCAGCUUUUUCUCUACUCAAAUCGCCGGGCCGCAGUCCUCCUAAUGUUGUCUGUGCUUGUCAGCUGCUAGCCCAGUCAUUCAUUUCAAUUUAUCGUUUCACGGAUCAACUUCGACUCUGUGAGAUGGUCGACUACAUUCAACUACUGGAUGAGCUUCGUACUCAAGAUUUCGACAGUAUACGAUUCGCGUCGUAUCGUAUGGCGUGCAAAAUCCGUUAUUUGCAACGACGAUUCUAUUUUAACCAGAUCGAUAUUUGGAACGUCAUUGAGGCGGUUCGGGAGCAAUCUCUGAAUCAGGUUGCGCCUGAAGCUCCCGUUGAUCUGCCAAGAGUGGCAGCGUUACUCACAACGUUAUAUGAACAGCUGAACAAACGCGUUCCGGCAACCGAAAAAGUCGAUCCGUCUGUAGUCUCAUCAGCAUUGCUAGGAUGGCUUCGAGCGACCUUUCCGAGUGCGCUAGCGCCGUCCGACCCUCUUUCGCGAACAGGAGCCAUUCCUGCUCUUAGCAUCAAAGUGUUUCUAGCUAUGCUCUCUUGCGGAAAAACAGUUGAUAUCUAUCGAUACAUAUUUUCAUUGAUCGCGGACUCGAGCGGCUGGUUAUUGCCUACACGCCUGACGCUCUUCCUUCGAGCGGCGCUCUGUAUACCAGAGUCGCUGCUGGAAAGUCCAUCGUUUUCUUAUAGUGAUAACCUGUCAACGGAACUUUUCCCACCCGAACAUAAGUAUACGAUCAACAAUUUCCUACAGGUGAUGUUGACUGAGCCUGGACCACAAUGCGUUUUGUGGUUCCCGCUAGUUGGAAAAAUGGCCGCUGUUGAAGAUAUUCUUCACCCAGUUUCCUGCGACGCAUGUCGUUCCCCACAUUUCUACGGGUUCCGUUACAAAUGCCAACGGUGUUACAACUACCAUCUGUGUCAGGAUUGUUUUUGGAAAGGCCGCACGUCAAACCAGCAUUCGCUUCAACAUCAAUGCAAAGAGUAUACGACAUACAAGCCACCUUCCAAACAAUUGGGUCACUCACUUCGCAAAUCGUUUCGCUGCGUCCCCGAGAGAAAGGGGGACUCGACAGUUCCUCGUGUGGUAGAUCGACCAACAACGCCGCUCAAUCUGCAGCAUAUUGUGCCACCCCCUCACACCACCCCAACUCUUACCAGAAGCACCGUCCGUUAUGCCGUCACACCUGGCCAUACGGCUGGACAUUCGCAAACCUUUGGACACGGACCGACACGUGUUAACGGCAGUCCUCCGCGUGAACUUUACUCCAGCCUAGAUUCAAUGGCCGAGCCCCUUGCCUCUUUUAUAUCAGACGAAUUUUCUCCUGACGAAGAACAUUCGUUAAUCGCACGUUUUUCUCGGAGGCUAAAUGAGGCUUCUCCGGCAUCCACUGGCCUCUGUACCUCAGCUGGAAAUCUCUACAGCAGUAACAUGAACAGACCACAAAAUACGCAGUUACCUCCCGAACGUGAUCAAGGGUACCUGGAUAGCUCUGCUUCGGAGUGGACGCGCGAUGAAAGUCUAGAAGAGAAACAACUGCUCGUUGCACGCCUCGAAGCACGCAAUAGAGAAAUGAUGAAGGAAAUACUUCGACUUCGACGUGAGGUGGAAUCGGAUCCCAGAACGAUGGAAGGGCGGGGCAGUGUUGCAAUAUUAGCAGCGGAAAGCCCGGCAACUUUGGAAGGUCAUGAUGGUCCGGUAGGAUUGGGAGGGCCUGAAGUUGUAAUGGGCACCGGGAGCGGACUUGCCGGUAUAAGUGAACUAGAACUGCUCAAAAAGCGGAAGGGCGAUUUGGAGGAGCAGCUCGGGCGCUUACAAAGUUCGCGGAGAGAUCUGAUUGUCCAUUUAGACGAGCUCAUGCAGAUGCUGCGGUUUCAGGAGCCUCGAAGUGCUUCAUCUGGUUCUCCGAUGACGUCACACUCUUCUCCGAGUUCUCCGGGAGGCACUGUAUGGCAUCGUCCAUCAGGUGCUGACUACCAAGGACAUUUCUACUAACUGCUCUACAUAUACAAACCUUUAGUAUAGCUCAAUUUCAAAUAUUGGAAUUUUAGCGGAAUCCACAUAAUAUAUCGAAGACGGACAUCAUGAAACGGCCACAGUAUCGUAGUAUGAUGUUUCGGUUGAUUGUUCUACCUGAUUUUUAUCUCCUCUGCAAUUCUGGAGUGGCACAGUGCAGUUAGAAAAAUGGACGUGUGCAUUUUUUGUAUCAUCCAUAUUUCAUACAAUCUUUUACCGAAUCAAGAAAUAGGUACAGGUGGGUUACGCCAGUGACUCGUAUAAAAAUCCAAGCUAACGCUUAACCGAUUUUAACCUCUAGAGCAGCAACCUAAAACUCUUAUGGCGUGGGUCAAAAAGCACCCAGAACUGCGUCAAGAACCACCAACGAGCAACGAUAGCCGACUAGCUAGUAGAUUUCACCAUGCGAGUGAUCUUGUGCCAUGUGCACAGAUAUUUAUUUGCAAUAUACAUUGCACGUUUGAGUUGGCCCCAGUGGGGAACAGCGCGUGGUGGGCUGUCCGUGAGGCACCUUUGGCACUUUUGUCCUAUGCUUUUAUACCAAUUGAUAUGUAGCCUCCUUUGAAAGCUGACGUUCUAGAACUACUUAUUUUCUUCUACUAGUUGUGUUCCACUACUUCUUAUUUUAAGAAGUUUUUAAGAAGAAGAUAUAUUUAAGAUAUGAUAUUAAGAAUUUAGUGAGAAUGAAUGUUUAAAACUAUUUUGUUUUUAUACGAAUACGAACGAUAAUUAUUCGCAGCCAUUACCCUCAGUGAGUAUCUAACAGAUGUUUCAGUAAUUCAUUAUAGAUUGAAUUGGUGCCACUCAGAUUACUUGUAUUUGAAGUUAAUGAACGUUGUCUAUAAAGGUACCGUGAUUACGGUACAUUAUCUUAAAACAUUUGAUGCUUUUGUGCCUCGGUACAGUUCGGGAUUUUCCUUUAGCUUAGUCAAAGGUCCUAGCAGCAUUCAAUUAUUUUGAUCCGUAUAAGUAACCAUAUUUUAGUGAAGGGCUGCUUCUUAAGUCCAUUAGUCCAUCAAUCAUUGGAAGUGUAAAAUAAUUGAGAAAUUAGCUUUGCAGAUGUGAAACUCUUCUAGCCAUAAUAUAAUAAGGAUUUAAACUCUAUUAUUUAAAUAAAUUAGUAAUGCUUAUUGUUAGGCGUAUAUGUUUCCUUAAGCAGGAAAUAUCGAGAAGCCAUGUCGAAUUAAUGCGUGCUUAUAUCAAGUGAAAAUAUAAUAUCUUUGAUCAUCCUGUAAUCUUUUAACACCACAUACAGUUAAAUAAUUUAGGGAUCUUCCUUUAUCUCCUCUAACAUUGUGAAGUUCUUCUUCCUGAUGAAUCAAGCUAAAUGGAGUAAGAAUAAUUAGUGAUUCCGGAUAAGUAAUCGUAAUAUAACAGUUUUCUUAUAACUGUUUGUAUUAGCUUAUAUUGCUUGCAGAGGGGGCUGGGUAUCCAUAUAGUAAUCUAAGAAAAGAACGCUCAAUGCAUAUUCUUACUUUUCAAAUCAUAGCAUUAUCUACUGUAAAAAAAAAUAGAGGCAGAAGGUAAGAAAGCUACUGAUUCUCAUAGUUAACAUAUGUAUCGAUAACGUUGACAAAGACACCCUAAGAGAGGGUAGAAACCAAAUAUCACAUCGAGACCAUCAACAACAAAACGGUCAGCAAAUGCGAGUCAAUGGGUUAUGGUAGUGCGGAAGGACUAUUGACUCAAAUAAGCCGUGGUCAACUACGUUGACAAUAUAGUAUGAAAAAUUUGCGAAUAAUUAUAGACUCUUGCACAUUUUUCCUAAUUGGCAUAGGAUGUGUUUGAGUACAGAGGUAGACGAUUCUGUGCAACGAUACCGGCAGCAAAAUGAAUGAGACUAACGUAAGCCGUUUCGAAGUAACAAUUAAGAAAUACAAUGCUGUAUGUGCUUACCUAUUAUAUAUAUAUAACUAUUUUAUAUGUCUACCAAUCACGGAAGUGAGGGGAAGAGUUCACGUAAGGUAUAAAGACAGACUAGAAUCAUUAGAAUGCAGUUCUGCUUGUUGUUUACCAUAUUUAGUUCUUGGGUUGUGAAUGAUUUAUACAUACAGCGUACAAAAUAUAUACUUUUAUUAAGAGAAUCAUGUGGCGCAGCCAGACUAUGCCGAAACUCAUAUGCAAAAGCAUGGCUGUGAAAAAAUAAGAAUAAGUUAUCAGCGAAAUUCAAAUUAAGUGCCGGACAACUAUAUUUAAGUAGAAUAUUAAGAGAAUUAAUCUAGGCUUCUCUACGCAUUUGCAAUCCCAAUUUAUAUGCAUUUAAGUAUAAUUAGAUUUUCCUAACGCAACCGACCGCUGCUCAAGUAAAGUUGAGGCAAAGGUCUUCUUUUAUCCUUCUCAGAGACCUUCGUAGAAAAAGUGUCGUUCACGUGAAGUCACUUUCCUAAAAUGAAAACUAUGAGUGUACUGUCAAAAAAUCAAAAAAAAAAAAAAGUAAAAAAGAAGUCCGCAGACGUGCAAUGUCGUGUAAACUCUGAAAAUUAGAGUUCGUUCGUGACGUGCUUUACCAGUAUGCGCAUAUGGUGAAAAAUACAACUUUUGAAAGAAUGUAACAAAAUAGUCACUUGGUGUCACAUAAGUAGCAUGCGAUUACAUAUAUAUGCACAACAUAUAUAAAUAAGCUGGUCUAUUUUAUAAUCAUGUAUUUAUUUUCCGAAAUAAUUGUAACAGUAUUUCUUUAGAACAAAUGUAUCGAUGAGUUUAGAAAGAUUCUACGAUAUAAACAAACUUCUUCAAUAAAUCCUGCCAAUUCAAACUGUUA